AUGGCUAUCUCUCCAAGACUCAUUUCCAUUCUUUUUCUCUUAACCAUUUCCUCUAUGCAAAUUCAUGCUAGAGAGGGCCAGUUCUUCAGCAAAGUCAGUGCCACCACCACUACACCCAGCACUACCACCAUCAACAGCAACAAUAACGCUCAAGAUAAAACACUCCCCAACAAAGGAGAAGAAGGCUUGAACAAGCAGGAACUAGAUCCAGCCUUUAUGCCAGACACCCAAAAUGGUUAUGGUCUAUAUGGUCAAGAAUCCACCCAGUUCCCCACCACCACUAAACUAGCUAACACACCCUACACUACAACCACUCACCAGCCAUACAAAACCCAGACCCAAACCCAAACCCAAGAAACCUACACCAAUUAUCCAACUUAUUCCACCCCCAACACCAACACCAAAUACUACAGCAACAAUCAAUACAGCAACAAUGCUUACGAGGAGCAUCAACAAAACUUCGGUGAAACAAGCCUUCAAGAAAGAGAAUACUCCAACAUGGGGAACCAGAACAACAACAAGUACUACAACGGUGCUAAUGGCUACAACAAUGAAGAGAAGCAAGGCAUGAGUGACACAAGGUACUUGGCAAAUGGAAGGUUUUACUAUGACCCCAAUAAUGGGAACAGUAACCACAACCCAAAUCAGUACCAGCAGAACUCAAGAAAUAACUACAAUACUAGAGGUUAUUACAACAACAACAACAACAACAACAACAAUGAGAACUCCAAUUACGAGUACAACAAUAACUCUAUGCAAAAGUACGACAACCAGGACGAUUUCGAAUGGAGCCAAGAAGAGCAGUACGUGCCAUGA